AUGAGUCGGCGGAUUGGACCAAAAAUGUUAGAUCACGAAGGGAAAGAAGUUCCAGGAAACAGAGGUUACAAGUAUUUUGGAGCUGCAAAGGAUUUACCAGGAGUUAGAGAACUUUUUGAAAAGGAGCCCCUCCCACCACCUCGGAAAACUCGAGCUGAGCUUAUGAAAGCCAUCGAUGCAGAAUACUAUGGCUACAGGGAUGAAGAUGAUGGUAUUCUGGAGCCACUGGAACAAGAACAUGAAAGGAAAGUUAUAGCAGAAGCAGUAGAAAAAUGGAAAAUGGAGAGAGAAGCGCGACUUGCAAGAGGUGAGGAGGAAGAGGAGGAAGAAGUAAAUAUCUAUGCUGUCAACGAUGAUGAGUCUGAUGAGGAAGGUGGCAGGGAAAAAGAAGGUGAAGAAGGCCAACAGAAAUUUAUUGCACACGUUCCGGUGCCAUCUCAACAAGAGAUUGAGGAAGCUCUUGUACGGAGGAAGAAGAUGGAGCUUCUUCAGAAGUAUGCCAGCGAAACCCUCAUGGCACAGAGCGAAGAAGCAAAAACACUUUUAGGAUUGUAACAUUGCCCCAGUAUGUCCUGGUUUUUACAUGAUCCAUCUUAAAGCAACAGGUUCAUAAAUUCUGAUAGCAGUCACUUUUAGCUCUGAAAGUCCCUCUGGGUGUUAAGAGUA